AUCGUUGAUUGGCUCACUACGGCAAAUUAUGGCCAACAGCAUGAUAAACAUUCAGAGACUCAUAAGAAAGGAACCAGCUUAUGGAUUCUCGAAACAGAUGAGUUCCAAAAUUGGCUCAAUAAUAGCAAGCAGAGGUUGCUGUGCCAAGGAAUGCCUGGAGCAGGAAAAACGAUCAUUACAUCAGUUGUAGUCGAUCAUCUGACGAAAGAAAUCAAGAAAGACUCUGAAAUCGGCAUGGCCUACAUUUAUUGCACCUUCAAACAACCGAAAAGUGAACAGACAACAAGAAGUCUUCUUGCUAGUGUUCUGAGGCAGCUUGCGGGCGACCGCCAGACGUUCCCAACUACCACCAGAAGCUUAUAUGAGCAACACAAGGCAAAACAGACGCAUGCAUCGCAAGAGGAGCUUAUAGCAGAGCUAAAGGCUGUGAUAGAGCUCUAUUCAAGCGUAUUCAUCAUUAUCGAUGCUCUUGAUGAAUGCGACUUGAAUACAAUGCAUGGCUUCAUUUCUGAACUUUUUAUGCUCCAGAAACACUGCAACAUGAAUAUUUUUGCAACAUCGAGAUUUAUACCCGAAAUCACAGAAUGGUUUACAAAUGCCAAAAGCUCAUUUCUAGAAAUCCGUGCGCUCGCAAGCGACAUCGCUAUGUACCUGGAUAUAGAAAUGAAACAAUCGUCGACAAGUCUUAUCAAAAGCAAUAUAGAUCUACAGAAAGAUAUAAAACGAGAAAUUUGCGAAGCGGCUGAUGGGAUGUUUCUUCUAGCUCAACUCUACCUUCAAUUACUUCAAGAUAAGAUAAAUGUUAAAGAAAUUCGCCGGGAAUUGCAAGCCUUCGGGGCCGAUGCCCGAGGUCGAAGUGAUGACGAAAAGACAAAGGUGCUGACGCAUGCAUAUGAUAAGGCUAUUGAAAGGAUCAAUGAGCAAAGUCUCCAUAUGAAAAGUCUUGCGAUGAAAGUCCUAUUAUGGGUUAUCUUUGCGAAGCGAGCACUUACUACCUCUGAGCUCCGGCACGCAUUGGCAACGGAACGAGGAAUGACGACAUUGGAUGAUGAAGACCUCUCAGAUCUUCGAGAUAUGGGCCGCGUAUGUGUUGGGCUAGUGACAGUUGAUGAGAAGAGUGGCAUCAUUCAGCUGGUGCACCACACAGCCCAGGAAUAUUUCGAGAGCACGCAGUCGCGUUGGUUCCCUGAAGCGGAUUCUGUUCUUCUAGGAGCCUGCAUCACCUACUUGUCAUUUAAAGUCUUUGAAAGCGGCUUCUGUAUAACGGAUGACGAGUUCGAACAACGAGAGGCUCAGUUUCCCCUUUGCAAUUACGCCGCUAGCUAUUGGGGGGACCAUGCUUCAAAAAAUGAACAGCCAGGCGAAGAAAUCUUGGAGUUCCUCAUGCAUCCAGCCAAGGUCGACGCAUCUGUCCAGGCACAAUUAGCUGUGAAGCACUACUCAUCUCAUGAGGGAUAUAGCCAAGAGGUGCCGAGACGUGUAACUGCACUGCAUUUGGCGGCACGGUUUGGAUUGACCGAGCUGACGAGAAUUCUUCUUGGUGAACAGUACAAAUGCAACCCCGAUUCUUGUGACAGCAAUGGACAGUCUCCUUUGUUGUGGGCUACACGAAACGGUCACGAAGAUGUUAUCAAGCUGAUGAUAGAGGCAAACGCAGAUCUUGAAGUCAGAGAUAAAGAAGAGGGCGCCACACCACUGAUUUGGGCCGCCCGAAAAGGCUAUAAGAAUGUCGUUACUCUUCUCCUGGAACGGGGUGGCGAGAUCAACGCGAAAGACAAUCAUGGACGAACACCACUAUCGCUUGCUGCUCUUCAUAAGCAUGGGUCCAUUAUGCAACUGCUCCUCAACAAGGGCGGUACCAAUGGUGGUAGUCUUGAUGAGAUAGAUCAACAUGGUCGAACGCGACUCUCAUGCGCCGCAGAGAGCGGAGAUAAAGAAAUUGUGCAAAUGCUAUUGGAAACCGGUGGAGUGGACAUCAAUGGCAGAGAUGGCGAGCACAAAGAAACGCCACUGAUAUGGGCCGCAAGAAAUGGCCACAAGGACAUCGUCCAGUUGCUUCUUGAUGCUGGCGCAGAUGUCAAUGUGAAGGAACAACAUUUGGGGGAAACAGCGCUGACAUUGGCAAUCGAAAGCGAACAUGAGACAAUUGUUCAAGCUCUCUUGGACAAAGGCGCAAACGUUCACCAAAGGGAUUUCUCUGGCCACACACCUCUU